AGACAUAACCUGAUUUGGAGGUUGAAGUUCCACUAAGUUAGCUUUUUGGUUCUGCCCUGCUGUUGUUUCCUUCCUUCUCCUCCUUAUUCUCGACUUGUUCAAAGUUCUUUUUCUAUCUUUUUCUUUCACAUUACUUUUCCCUUCCUCUUCCGCACCCCCGCUCUCUCUUUCUCUCCUUGCUAGUCUCUUUCAAUGUCUGAAAGGCAGAAAGCUCCUCAGCCAACAGCUCCCAUUGCUUGGAUGAGUCAAGUUUAUGACGCAUCUUCUAAAGAAAUCCGUCCACAGAAUAACGACUUUGUUAGUACUAAUGAGCAGCAACCUCAUUUUCCUCAACCAUCACAACAACAGCAACAAGGCAUUUCCAGGGCAAAUACGUUAAACUCACCCUCUUCGUUCUCAGCUUCAAUGAACCCUAGUAGUACGCUCACAUCAGUGGAGAGUUUCGAACGUCCUGAAUCACCCACGUUACCACCCGAACAAGAUCUCCCCUUAAACGAUAACAAUUAUCAUCAAUUGGAUCUAUCAGUAGCGCACUCUUCAUCUAACUCACCAACAGGACAUAAAUAUAUAGAUACCUCAAUGCCACCACCACCACCGACGCCUACUGGGCCUUAUUAUUCUUCUACCUUGGAUAGAAACAGUAAUAAGCAUAUGGCUAAUUCAUUCAACCCCACUUCUACCCAUACCAGCCAAAAUAUAAACGAUAGCGGUAUUAGCAAUAACACUGCAUCACAUCAUACCAAUUUUAGUAAUACCAUUAAUACAGCCAAUAAUAAUAGAAUUCAUCCUAAUGACUAUCACCCACAGCAACACUAUAAGCAGCAGCGUAAUAAUAACUCACAGCAUCACCCAACAACAACGGUGUCUCAAGCCCAGCGUCCUCAUCAUACCUCACAGCAACAGCAACAGCAUCAUCACCACCAUCAUCAACAUCAAAAACUGCCAAAACGCCCUGUGCAUAUGACAGACCAAAUGGCAGCCGCUGUUGAACUCAGUGUGAGCCCUAAUGUCCCACCAGCCCCCGCUGCUGGUAUGUAUUGGUCCAGAGCCCUCACUUACGGCCGAUCCCCGUCUCGUCCCUUACGUGCACACUCUGCCAAUUUGAUCGGUGAAUAUUUAUACGUGUUUGGAGGAUGUGAUAUGAAAGCUUGUUUUAAUACGCUUUAUAUUCUGGAUAUGGAUACUCUCACUUGGUCUAAACCUAAAACAUCCGGCCAAAUCCCUCCUCCUUGUCGUGCUCAUUCUUGUACCACAGUUGAACGCGAUUUAGGCAAUGGUAAAAAGUCCUAUAGUCUUUUUGUGUUUGGUGGUGGUGACGGACCCAACUAUUUUAAUGAUCUGUAUGUACUGGAUAUUGAUACCUUGACAUGGUCUAAGCCCAAGACGGAGGGUGAACCACCCUCUCCACGACGAGCGCAUACUACUUGUAUUUGGAACAAGAAAAUCAUUAUCGUAGGUGGUGGGGACGGUGCACGUGCGCUGGCGGAUGUGCACAUGCUGGAUUUAUCAUGCCUGGAACCGUCCCCUUCAACUACAGCUUCCUCUACUACAUCACCACAACAGCAACAGCAACAGGUAUACCAGCAGUCACAGCUAUCACAGCAGCAGCAGCAGCAGCAGCAGCAGCAGCAGCAAGUGCCAAAAUGGACAAGGUUGACACCAGAGGGGACUCCACCUAUUGCCAGAGGAUAUCAUACAAGUAACUUAGUAAAGGAUAAAUUGAUUAUUUAUGGAGGAAGUGAUGGUCAUGAAUGCUUUAGCGAUGUUUAUGUAUUGGAUUUAGUCGCUAACAGAUGGAGUCAGAUUGAUUUGGAUCGGGCAGUGCCUAGGUUAGCCCAUUCAGCCACCCAAGUGGGUUCUUAUGUAUUUGUGAUUGGCGGACACGAUGGAACAAGAUAUUCCAAUGAAGUUUUGCUGUUGAAUUUAGUUACCAUGAGUUGGGAGACGAGAAAGAUAUAUGGUGGGGCACCAAGCCCUAGAGGAUACCAUACAGCUGUUUUACAUGACUCAAGAUUAUAUAUUCUAGGCGGAUAUGAUGGGAGAAAUGUAUUUGAUGAUGUAUAUAUGUUAGAACUGAGCGCCUGUGCUUAUCUGCCUCAAAUUACAAAUUUUGAAAUUGAUGUUUAAACCAAUUAUGAAUGCCUCGUCAAACAAAGGGAAAAAAGAUUUAUGCAACCGUGA